AAGUUUUGACACAGUGUUCUCUGUCGGGUGGAAAAUCCCUCUCUCUCUCUCCAGGCUCUGCUCAUCUAACCAUCUGUCACUUUCUAUGUUUUUUACAGAACAAGCAAACUGAAGAAAACCCACCUAUAAGGCUAUAACCUUAAAACCCCCCACAAGCACUAGUUUUCUUCUCUUGCAGAUAAUAUUCAAGAGACAGUGAAUCAUGUCAACAACACUAACAAGCAACCAGAACAGAAAAUGAGACUCAAAAUUUAGUCUAUAAGGAAAAAAACGCAACAAAGAAAAAGGUCCCCCGAAAAAAAAAAAAACACUAUUAGCAAAGAGUUAAAACAAAAAAAAAAAGAAGGAAAAGGUAGUAGUAGGAACAUGAAAAGGCAGGUAGAGUCAAGAGUGGGAUAAUAAAGAGAGAGUAAUAGAGAAAGAGAGAGGGUGAGUUUUUUUGGGAGGUGGGUUUGUUUGAUAAAAGUUAAUAAGGGAAUUUUGCAAAUGUCACAAGAUUCUGAGGAGAUAAAGACGAUUGAGCAGUGGAGAUGGUCCGAAAUGCAAGGUCUUGAGCUUGUCUCCUCUGCUCCUCCUGACCCUUUUAAAUCCAACACACCAACACCAACACUAACACCAACACACCCACACAUAGAGCCUCAAGCAUUAGGACAAGAAGCAUCAUCAGUAGCAGCAGCAGCAGCUCAGCAGACAAAAGGAAUGGAGAGCUCUGAGCCCAAGAAGGAUUCAAGUGGUGGUAGUAGUAGUGGAGAGAAGCCUGAGGCUGUACCUAGUGUUGGGUUUAAGGAACUCUUCAGGUUUGCUGAUGGGUUGGAUUACAUUCUUAUGGCAAUUGGGUCUGUUGGAGCUGUAGUACAUGGUUGCUCUUUGCCAGUGUUUCUCAGGUUCUUUGCGGAUCUUGUCAAUUCUUUCGGGUCCAAUGCCAAUAACAUGGACAAGAUGAUGCAGGAAGUUCUCAAGUAUGCAUUGUAUUUUCUUGUAGUGGGUGCUGCAAUAUGGGCAUCUUCUUGGGCAGAGAUAUCAUGUUGGAUGUGGACUGGAGAGAGGCAAUCGACGAAGAUGAGAAUCAAGUACUUAGAGGCCGCUUUGAACCAAGACAUUCAGUUCUUUGACACAGAGGUUCGGACCUCAGACGUGGUUUUUGCCAUUAACAGUGAUGCAGUGAUGGUCCAAGACGCCAUUAGUGAGAAGUUCGGGAAUUUUAUCCACUAUAUGGCAACAUUUGUGUCUGGAUUUGUGGUGGGUUUCACUGCUGUUUGGCAAUUGGGUUUGGUCACUCUUGCUGUGGUGCCACUCAUAGCUGUAAUUGGUGGUAUCCACACCACCACAUUAGCCAAGCUCUCUGGUAAAAGCCAGGAAGCUCUGUCACAGGCAGGAAACAUAGUAGAACAGACAAUUGUUCAAAUUCGGGUUGUUUUUGCAUUUGUUGGGGAAUCCAGAGCGUUACAAAGCUACUCGUCUGCGCUAAGGGUUGCGCAAAGGCUCGGUUACAAGAGUGGAUUUGCAAAGGGAUUGGGAUUGGGUGCAACUUACUUUGUUGUUUUCUGCUGCUAUGCGCUUUUGCUCUGGUAUGGCGGUUAUCUUGUUAGGCACCACUAUACCAAUGGAGGACUUGCCAUUGCCACCAUGUUUGCUGUUAUGAUUGGUGGACUGGCUUUGGGCCAGUCUGCACCAAGCAUGGCUGCAUUUGUAAAGGCUAAAGUUGCUGCUGCAAAAAUUUAUCGCAUAAUUGAUCAUAAACCAAGUGUAGACCGAAACAGUGAGUCGGGUUUGGAAUUAGAGUCAGUUACAGGUCUGGUGGAGCUGAAAAAUGUGGAUUUCUCCUACCCAUCUAGGCCAGAUGUUCUGGUCCUUAAUAAUUUCUCCCUAAAUGUCCCAGCUGGCAAGACCAUAGCAUUGGUUGGCAGUAGUGGCUCUGGUAAGAGCACUGUGGUGUCCCUUAUUGAGAGAUUCUACGAUCCCACCUCAGGACAAGUUCUGCUGGACGGUCAUGACAUAAAGACUCUAAAGCUGAGGUGGUUGAGGCAGCAAAUAGGGCUUGUAAGCCAAGAGCCGGCUCUGUUUGCUACCACCAUUAAGGAAAACAUACUCUUGGGUAGGCCUGAUGCAAAUCAAGUUGAGAUUGAAGAGGCUGCAAGAGUUGCUAAUGCCCAUUCAUUCAUAAUCAAGCUUCCUGAACUCUUUGAGACUCAGGUAGGAGAAAGAGGAUUGCAGCUCUCAGGGGGACAGAAGCAGAGGAUAGCUAUAGCUAGGGCAAUGCUGAAAAACCCAGCUAUUCUGCUUUUAGACGAAGCAACAAGUGCAUUGGACUCAGAGUCAGAAAAGCUGGUGCAGGAGGCCCUUGACCGGUUCAUGAUUGGAAGAACGACUCUUGUCAUUGCCCAUCGCCUCUCCACCAUUCGCAAGGCUGACCUUGUUGCUGUACUCCAGCAGGGUAGUGUCUCUGAAAUUGGAACUCAUGAUGAGCUCUUUGCCAAAGGAGAAAAUGGUGUCUAUGCCAAGCUCAUUCGAAUGCAGGAAAUGGCCCAUGAAACUGCUCUCAACAAUGCAAGAAAGAGUAGCGCAAGGCCUUCUAGUGCCAGGAACUCAGUAAGCUCACCUAUAAUUGCCCGAAAUUCUUCCUAUGGCCGGUCACCAUACUCACGUAGACUAUCUGACUUCUCAACGUCUGAUUUUAGUCUCUCCCUAGAUGCCUCACACCCCAACUACCGGUUAGAAAAGCUUGCAUUCAAGGAGCAAGCCAGUUCUUUCUGGCGCCUUGCCAAAAUGAAUUCACCAGAAUGGGUGUAUGCUUUAGUUGGCUCUAUAGGCUCUGUUGUUUGCGGCUCACUUAGUGCCUUCUUUGCAUAUGUUCUAAGCGCUGUCCUCAGCGUCUACUACAAUCAAAAUCAUGCUUUCAUGAUCAGAGAAAUUGAGAAAUACUGCUAUCUGUUAAUUGGGCUUUCAUCGGCUGCACUUCUCUUCAACACACUACAGCAUUUCUUCUGGGAUAUAGUGGGAGAAAAUCUCACGAAACGGGUAAGGGAGAAAAUGCUGUCUGCUGUACUCAAAAAUGAAUUGGCAUGGUUUGAUCAGGAGGAAAAUGAGAGUGCUAGGAUUGCAGCUAGGCUGGCUCUUGAUGCCAAUAAUGUGAGAUCAGCAAUUGGAGACCGGAUUUCAGUGAUUGUGCAGAACACAGCACUCAUGCUGGUUGCCUGCACUGCGGGGUUUGUUUUGCAGUGGCGCCUUGCCCUUGUCCUCAUAGCUGUCUUCCCUGUUGUUGUUGCAGCCACUGUUUUGCAGAAAAUGUUCAUGACUGGUUUCUCUGGAGACCUAGAAGCUGCCCAUGCCAAGGCCACACAACUAGCAGGGGAGGCCAUAGCCAAUGUAAGGACUGUUGCUGCCUUCAAUUCAGAGGCAAAAAUUGUUAAUCUUUUCUCCACCAGCCUCCGGACUCCACUACGACGAUGCUUUUGGAAAGGGCAGAUUUCUGGAAGUGGAUUUGGGAUUGCUCAGUUUGCACUAUAUGCUUCAUAUGCCCUAGGACUCUGGUAUGCUUCCUGGCUUGUCAAGCACGGGAUAUCCGAUUUCUCAAAGACAAUCCGAGUUUUCAUGGUCCUCAUGGUAUCCGCCAAUGGUGCAGCUGAAACUCUAACCUUGGCUCCUGACUUCAUUAAGGGUGGUCGGGCCAUGCGGUCAGUCUUUGAUCUCCUUGACCGUAGAACUGAAAUUGAGCCUGAUGAUCAAGAUGCCACCCCAGUUCCAGACCGCCUUCGUGGAGAAGUUGAAUUAAAGCAUGUAGACUUCUCUUAUCCCACUCGUCCUGAUGUGCCAAUUUUCCGUGACCUCACUCUCCGUGCCCGAGCAGGGAAAACUCUUGCACUAGUGGGUCCUAGUGGAUGUGGUAAGAGCUCGGUCAUUGCACUUAUACAGCGAUUCUAUGAUCCAACAUCUGGACGGGUUAUGAUUGAUGGAAAGGACAUUCGAAAAUACAAUCUAAAGUCCUUAAGACGACACAUUGCAUUCGUUCCUCAAGAGCCAUGCCUCUUUGCUACUACCAUUUCUGAAAACAUUGCUUAUGGGCAUGAGUCAGCAACUGAGGCUGAGAUCAUUGAAGCUGCAACUCUGGCCAAUGCACACAAGUUCAUAUCUGGAUUGCCAGAUGGAUACAAAACAUUUGUCGGGGAAAGAGGAGUUCAACUUUCUGGGGGACAGAAGCAGAGAAUUGCAAUUGCUCGGGCAUUUGUGAGGAAAGCAGAACUUAUGCUGCUGGAUGAGGCAACAAGCGCACUUGAUGCCGAGUCUGAGAGAUCUGUCCAAGAGGCUCUAGAGCGUGCUUGCUCAGGAAAAACAACUAUUGUUGUUGCACAUAGGCUUUCAACUAUUAGGAAUGCACAUGUCAUUGCUGUGAUUGAUGAUGGGAAAGUGGCAGAACAAGGUUCACACUCUCAACUGCUCAAAAAUCACCCUGAUGGGUGCUAUGCACGCAUGAUACAGUUACAAAGAUUCAGUCACAGCCAAGUCAUUGGAAUGGCAUCAGGUUCAACAUCUUCAGCAAGACCCAGAGAAGAUGAGGAGAAGGAAGCUUAGUGUAAGUGAAGAAAGAAAAUGAAUACGACUAAAAGAGGAGUAUAUUCAAUGUACCCCUUGUGAUUUUUUGGGUUUUAUUUUGGUUUAUCUGUUUUGGUAUAGUAUAGUAUGUGUAUUAUCUAUAUAACUAUAUAUUUUUUUCCUUUACCAAUAUAUGUCCUUGUCUUAA